AUGGAAACCUCACCAUCAGGCAACCCGAAUCUCAGCCCUUCUCCACCCGCCGCUGCAGGGAUAGAUCCGCUGUCUCCAAGAGCUUCGACUAAACUCACCAUGCGGACCCCUGCGAUGGUGUCCCCUUCUCGCCAUGUUUAUUCCCGCUCAUCUUCGCUCCCCACGCCGACCGCUUCGCCACUUUCCUCCCCCACCAGAAGCCCCUCUCAACUGGGGAGAGCGCAGCUCAAUGCGGCUUCCUCGGCCACCGCCGGAACAUCAGCUGGAGCUACAGCUCCAACAGUGCCUGCAACAGAGGAGCCAGAAGAGGAGACCAAUCUGGAAGAAGUGGCUGAACGAGCAAAGUUAGGUGACGCUAGAGCGCAGACCAAGAUGGGACGCUUCUUCUUGGCUCUGGCCCAAGAACGAGACGAGGAGCUAAACAACUGCACGGCGGUCACCUGGCUGGUCCAGGCUGCUAAACAGGGCCGCAAGGAUGCCGUGAGACUGCUGCAGCAAUGCCUAAGCUCUAGGCAAGGUAUCACACUUGAGAACUUUGAGGAGGUGAAAAAGCUGUGUACGGAAACUCGUUUUGAGAGGGGAGUUCGGAAAGCGGCUCUGCUCAUGUACUGGAAGUUGAACCCGGAAAAGAAGAGGUCGGUGGCAGUUUCAGAGAUGCUAGAGAACGUGGAACAUGUCCACACAGUUCAAGACAAGCCACUUUCCCAAGGCCCACUUAACAGCUCUACUAAGAAGCAGAGGAGAGUCCUGGAAACAAUGGUGACCAGUGAGUCCAUCUCCCAUUUGGGGAUGGAUGAAUUUGUGGAAAUGACAAAGAAGUACGCUCAAGGAAUGGCGCCACCUCCCGCCAUGGCGGCCGUGUCAACCAGCGAUGAAGAUGACGAUGACGACGUGGUGGUGAAGAAUCCAGAUGACCUGCCACUACACCAAAAGCUGCUGAAGUUCCCGCUUCACGCGCUGCUGGAGAUCAAGGAGCACCUCAUCGACUGGGCGUCACGGGCGGGCAUGCAGUGGCUUAGCGCCCUAAUUCCCACGCACCAUGUCAACGCACUCAUCUUCUUCUUUAUAAUCUCCAACCUCACCAUAGAGUUCUUCAUCUUCCUCAUUCCUUUGCUGGUUUUCUACCUCUCCUUCUUCUCCAUGGUUAUUUGCACGCUGCGGGUAUUCCAGAAUUCCAAAGCUUGGGAGAACUUCAGGGCUCUGACUGAUUUGUUGGCUCAUUUUGAGCCCGCUCUCGAUUUGGAGCAAGCCGAGACCAACUUUGGAUGGACCCAUUUGGAGCCCUAUCUAUAUUUCUUGCUCUCGGUGGUGUUUGUGGUCUUCUCCUUCCCUGUUGCUGACAAGUCAUGGAUCCCGUGCUCCGAACUGGCAGCAGUGGCGCUCUUCUUCACCGUCACCGCCUUCCUUAGCCUUCACGCCUCUGCCAAGUUAUUUGCUCGUAGAGCCCUGCUGACUGAAGUACUGUCAGGGGCCUGCUCCCUCGUUUACCUGCUGCCGGACUAUAUGUGGAUGCUAAGGGUCUUUGGGAGGACUUUUAUCUCAGUGCCUCUGGGCGACAUCUUGGCGUUGAACAUUGGUGUACCCUGCGCCCUCUAUGGCCACCUGGUCUACCUCCUGUUCCGAAUGGCGCAGCUUAGAGGCUUCAAGGGGACUUACUUGUGCCUGGUGCCUUAUUUGGUUUGUUUUACUUGGUGUGAGCUCUGCUUGGUGUUCCUCAAGAACGCCUCAGCCAUCGGCCUCAUACGAACCUGUGCGGGUUACUUCCUCUUCCUAUUCGCUCUGCCAGUUCUCUCCUUGGGACUGGCUGCGAUGCUCGUCAUUCAGCUACUGCAGUGGUUCGUGGCGCUGGAGAUCACCAAGAUGGCAGUUACGCUGACAGUCUGCUUUGUCCCGGUCGUCCUGAGGCUUUGGACCCGCUUCAGUCUGAACCCCAUUGUGGUGUUUCGCUCACUGUCCCGGAGCAGCAUAGUCAAACUCAUCCUGGUGUGGCUCAGUGCCGUGCUGCUCUUCUGCUGGAUGUACGUGUACAGGUCAGAGGGUAUGAAGGUUUACAACUCCACCCUCACCUGGCCAGAAUACAGCAACAUGUGCGGCCCAUUGGCGUGGAAGGAGUCCAACAUGGCCCAAACUCAGAUCCUCUGCUCACACCUCGAAGGCCACAGGGUCACCUGGACGGGACGCUUUAAAUACGUGCGCGUGACGGACAUUGAAAAUGGAGCGCAGUCGGUCAUCAACUUACUUCCUGUGUUGGUGGGGAAUUGGAUGCGUUGUCUGUACGGUCAGCCGUAUCCUGCAUGUGACAGGAUGGCAACUCCGCCAGUAGGGCCUCACCCUUUCUUGGCCCCACCGAUCCAAGACCCCCUGUGUAAACUCAAAAAACUCGCCAAGCACGAAUGCCAUGUGAAACGCUUCGACCGUUACAAGUUUGAAGUCACCAUGGGCAUGCCGCAAGAAAGGAAAACCAAAAAUGGAACGGUCGUGGAGGACGAAGACGCCACCAAGGACAUUGUUCUGCGUGCCAGCAACGAGUUCAAGUCAGUGCUGCUGCACUUGAACACGGGAAGCCUGGUGGAGUUCAGCACCAUCCUGGAGGGCCGCCUUGGCUCAAAAUGGCCUGUUUUUGAGCUGAAAGCCAUUCACUGCCUCUCGUGUGGCAACACCCGCCAGUCUAGCCGCAGACAGUAUAAGAUUGAACACGACUGGAGGCGCACGGUCCAGAGCGCUUUGCAGUUUGCCUUCGACUUCUUUUUUAACCCCUUCCUGACCGCACAGCUACACCAACUCUCUGACACUGACACUGUGACAGAUGUGACCGGGUCAUAGGCGCGACUUAUUAUUUUAGAUUUCAGCCAAGCUAUUUUGAGAAUACAUUGUUUUGGGUGAAAUUUCAGGAUGAACUUGAAAUGUACCACAGUUCUACUCGAUUUUCUAUGUUUGCAGCUGGGCUCAGUUCCCAACUAAUAUGUCCUGAUUGACUUAGAAAUUGUAUUUAUUUAAACCGUUUUUUGUCAUCAUUUCAGUUCACAUUGUGACAGCUAUAGAGAAAGACGUCUCAACAAUCAUCAACAGUACACAACCAAUGCAAUCCUACAAACAGGAUGUCCAUAGAGGGAAGUUGCAACUGAGCUUUUUGUUCACUUGUUAAAGUUAUAGUGCCAUUAAUCCUGAAAAUUCAACCAAAGUCCCUGACAUUUUACCCUGUUUUCAAAGGCGAACACUUGUAAUAAAGACCCCUCUAAAACCUGCUUAGUUAAGCUCACAUUGUGUUGCACCCCAUGUGCAGACAGUUUAAAAUAAACAAGUGUUAAGUUGCUACUCAGUUAAAUGAUGGAGCGUCUGUUGACGUACGGCUUAAAUUAUCAAGUGAUUGACUUAAGUAAAUGCUUUAUUGCAUUUUAAAAUACACUACAGCUAUACACCUAUGUUGUCCUUUUGAUUUCAAAAGGCAUUAUUCCAAUUAUUUAUCCUGCCUUCUGUUUGAAAGCCUGCCAAUCUCGGAAUCAUAGGUGUUUUGUAUUCUGUGUCCCAUUAAAAUGGAACAAACACUUUUAGAUUUAAAAUAUAUUGUUUUAUUAAGUACAAAAGAAAACUGCAAAGCUUCAAGUAUGGAGUAACUUUGAUUAUUAUUUGAUACUCAUUAAAAGCGCGAAGAGAAUUGUGUGGGGGUUUUUUGUUUUGUUUUAGGAUAGUGGGAUUUGAUUAUCAUGUGCAUCCAAAAUGGAACGAGUUGAUAAAAAAGUAUUGGGCUUUAAAAUGAAAGCGACAGAUCAUUUUUCAAUUACUGACACUAGGUGGCAUCCUAACCUUUAGUAACGAUGACUCGCUAUUAGGGUAAAUAAACGGUUUUUGAAAUCAAUGGAUGCAAUUGUUGAAAUCUUUAUUCAAAAAACAUCAGCAUUGUUUAUACCUGCCUGUUUGACAGGUUUGUCAUCAACG